GCACUCUUCCCAACAUUUCAAUAUUUUCACCAUUUUCCCUCCCUUCGCCAUAUUUGAAGGUAUUGUCGGAAACCCUAGGUUGAUCGCUUCCAAAAUGACUGAAAUUUCCAGAAAGCUUGAUGUCGAGAAACUAAUUUCAUAUAGCGAUGACCUAGUUCAGUUCUUGAAGAACGAAAAAGACAUCAAUGACUUGAAGCAUUCAGUUGAAAAAUCCGACACUCUCCGCCAUCGAUGCCGUUCAGAUUAUGCCGCAGUUCAAAGCACUCUAGAAGAUUAUCAAAAAAAGAUAGACCUAUGCAAGCAAAAAACAGAAGCUGCAAAGGCUGAAGUUGCUUCAGAUGCAGAAAUACAUUUGCUUCAGAAAGAAUUGGAUGAAGAACUUCAAAGAGAGACAUUGCUACAAGAGGAGCUUAGAUCCAUCACCAAUGAAAUUAAAGAUCUUGAAGAACAAAGAAGUUCCAUUGAAGACAGAAGGAAGGUUCUGAAGAAACUCAAACAAGAUGAAUUAAAAGCACAGAUGAAGCUAUCAAUGUUUGCAUGUGUAACAAGCAUCCUCCCUGACUUAAAUGAUCAGUCCAAGAUGAUAUCUGGACAUAUUGUUGAUAAAGAGAAGAAAGUUGUUGAAAAGUUUGAGUUCAAUCCCCAGGAGAAGAGUGAUUUUGAUGCUUGUAAUACAAUCUGGGAGAUGAUAAAAGAUUGAAAGCUUUUUCCUCCUCAUAUAAACUUAAUAUGUGAUUGUUUUAAACCCAUAUUUUGGGUUGAAUUUGUGAAGAUUUGUAUUCUUGGGGGUUCAUUUGUAUUUAUUUGUUUGCUUCUAGUAAAAUCAAAAAUGGUUUGGUUU